CCUCUCUUGCCCACAAAACACGAUCCUCUUCAGUUCUGUUCUUAGCAUCACCACAGUUUGCUAGACACCCUGCAUGGAAGCCCGAGGCCAGGCCUUUUCCUCCUGCCCACCUCAGCGCCCACAGCUGCUCCCGGCUCACAGCAAGCCCUUAGCAAAGAUUUGUCGGCUGAAUGAAGCAGCCUGGCUCACAGCGGGCAUUUUUAUAUGGCUGCAUUUGUUCCCCCAAAAAGUAGUACAGGCAGACCCCCUCCCCCAAGGGGCACAGGGCCGGUCCUGAUUAGGAGGCGGCAGUUCUUGGAGGCGUGGUUAGGCUCAUUCGCUGUCCCAGGCUGGAAUCUGCCCUGGCUGCAGUCUUUACGUCUCUGGCCCCGCCUUCUCCCCAGCGCGCUCCCGGGAGGUUAAGGGUUAACUCUGAGAAGCCCCCUCAUUACCUGGAUGGGACGAGGGCAGGGCAUUUCCUGUUCCAUUUUCCUGGAGCCCUUCCCCAGGCUGUCCGAGGCUGACUCUGCUCCUGGGAUCCUCAGAACCCCCAGCGCCUCCACCUCUGGAGUGGGACCCCAAGUGGUGUGAAGGAGAGGGAGAGACCCGAGAGUGGACCAGCUGCAUGAGGCAUCCCCCAGGGUCCAGGAUGCUUGCAGAACCCAUCCCGGCUGCACAGGAGCCCGAGCAGCUUGGAGCAGUCAAACUGGAAGAGGAGGAAGCUGCAGGCCAAGAGGACCCCAGGCGGCCAGAGGCCAGGCCCCGGCCCGAGGUGGCUCACCAACUCUUCAGAUGCUUCCAGUAUCAGGAGGACAUGGGGCCAAGGGCGUCCCUGAGCCGGCUCCAGGAGCUCUGUGCCCACUGGCUGCGGCCAGCUCUGCACACCAAGAAGCAGAUCCUGGAGCUGCUGGUGCUGGAGCAGUUCCUGAGCGUGCUGCCCCCUCACCUCCUGGCUCGGCUACAAGGCCAGCAGCUCAGGGACGGCGAGGAGGUUGUCCUACUGCUGGAGGGCGUCCAGAGGGAGUCCACCAGUGUGGGGCCGCUGGAUUUUAGUUUUAAUGCUGGCAAGAACUGUGCCCGUGCAGACAUCACCUUGGAGCAACAGGGGGGCACUUCCCAGGUCUCCAACCACAGCCCCAAAAAGGAAGUGCCCUUGGAAGGGCCACCAGCUCUGGAACCAUCAAAGGAGCUGCCACCAUGCCAGCCAGGGCCCUCCAAGCCUGAUGACCCAGGGACCUGGAGACAUUCCCCUGGUUCAAAGCAGCCACUGAGCCCUUGUCCCACCAGGACAUUCCAGGUCCUGCAAGAGAGUGUGCUGACAGCCCCCCAGGGCCCCGUGCUGUGGUUGGAGGAGAACUCCCGAGAUCAGGAGCUGGCUGCUGUGCUGGAGUCCCUGACCUUUGAAGAUGCCCCAGUGAAAAAGGCUUGGCCUGUGCACCCUCUAGGAUUUGGAAGCAGAACCCCUGAGGAGGAGGUUAAAGAAGAAGAGCCCAAAGGGGUUGCCUGGCCCGUUGUCAUCUCAGCAGAGUCUGGAGUCCAUAGUCCCAGCGUGGCAGAAGAGCCCCAGGGGCAGUCGCUGGGACGCGGCCCUGAGGUAGACGCCUCCGGUCGUGAAGGCGACGGCAGGAGUGACGUUCCACAGGUCAAAGUGGCCGGGGGGACCCCCCAACCGGAGCCGCAGAUGGAGUUCAUCUGCACAGAGUGCGGGGUGAGCUUCCGGCAGCUGGCCCGCCUGGCGGCACACCAGCUCCGCUCCCACCCAGGCACGCGCUCCUUCUCGUGCGAGCGCUGCGGCAAGAGCUUUGGCCGCAGCUCCAUCCUCAAGCUGCAUAUGCGCACGCACACGGAUGAGCGGCCGCACGCCUGCCACGUCUGCGGUCACCGCUUCCGCCAGAGCUCGCACCUGUGCAAGCACCUGCAGACGCACUCCGCCAAGCCCGCCUUCCUGUGCGCUGAGUGCGGCCAGGGCUUCCAGCACCGGGCCAAGCUCCUGCAGCACCUGCUGGCGCACGCCAAGACCGAGGGCACCAACACCAAGGACACCAAGACGGAGGCGAGUGAGCUGGCCGUCGUCCUGUGCUCCCACUGCGGCCAAACCUUCAAGCGACGCUCCAGCCUCAAGCGCCAUCUGCGGAUCCAUGCCAAGGACAAGGGCCACCAGUGCUCUGAGUGCUUGGGCAGCCUGCGCCCAGGCCCCGAGAGCAGGCCCUACGUGUGCGGCGACUGCGGCAAGGCCUUCCGGCGGAGCGAGCACUUGGGGGCCCACCAGCGCGUGCACACAGGCGAGCGGCCUUUCUCCUGCCAGGUCUGCGGCCGCAGCUUCAGCCAGAGCUCCCAGCUGGUCUGCCACCAGCGCGUGCACACGGGCGAGAAGCCCUACAGCUGCACGCACUGCGGGAAGCGCUUCGUUCGUCGGGCGGGCCUCGCCCGCCACCUGCUCACCCAUGGCGGCUCGAGGCCCCACCACUGCACCCAGUGCGGCAAGAGCUUCAGCCAGACGCAGGACCUCACCCGCCACCAGCGCAGCCACACCGGCGAGAAGCCCUGCCGCUGCAGCGAGUGUGGUGAGGGCUUCAGCCAGAGCGCCCACCUGGCGCGCCACCAGCGCAUCCACACGGGGGAGAAGCCCCACGCCUGCGACACCUGUGGCCACCGCUUCCGCAAUAGCUCCAACCUGUCCCGCCACCGCCGCAGCCACACAGGCGAGCGACCCUAUAGCUGUAAAACUUGCGGCCGGAGCUUCCGGCGCAAUGCGCACCUGCAGCGGCACCUGGCCACCCACGGGGGAACUGGGAACCAGGCCGUGUCCGGGCAGGCCGAGCCCCCCCAGGAGUGCCGGGAGUGCGGCAAGAGCUUCAGCCGCAGCUGCAACCUGCUGCGGCACAUGCUGGUCCACACGGGUGCCAGGCCCUACUCAUGCCCGCAGUGCGGUCGCAGCUUCAGCCGCAACUCGCACCUGCUGCGCCACCUGAGAACCCACGCCCGGGAGACCCUGUACUAGCUUCGCGCGCAUGCGCCGGCCCUGUGCAUAUCCCCCGCAUCCCCUGACCCCACCCCUCCCUUUGGCUCCAGCAGCCCUGCCUGUUAGCUCUGCCCCACCCCAGAGGCAUCUCCUCCUGGCCAUGGGAAUGUAUUUCAAAAUGCCCGAGGUAAAACAGCCUUCUUGAAAGUGGUCCCCCUUUAUUUUUUUGAGUUCACGAAAAUGCCACUUGUUAACUCUCCCUCCACUGUAUCACAGGGCGCCCUUCUUCCCAUCCCAGCACCUUCAAUAGGCUAGAUGCCAGCAGGCCUGGGGGAGUGUCCCCAUCCCAAAAAGGCCCGGACUUGGGGUGUGACAGGGUUGUCAUCUCAGAGCCUGCUAUGGGUAAAGCCGAGGAAUUUCACCCCGCAAUUUUUUCUUCGGGAGUCUACCCCUGAUCUGGGCCGUCCAAUACGAUAUCCUCUAGCUGUAGGUAGCUUUUUAAAAUGUACAUGAAUUAAAAUGGAAUUAAAGUCAA